AUGCCUCCCACAUUGCAAGGGCUCACGAGUGAAGAGAUUGGAAAAUUGGAAAAUCUUCUCGUUAGGAAGCUCGACAUUCGACUUAUGCCUAUGCUGGUCUUGAUCUACAUCAUGAACUAUCUUGACAGAAAUGCGAUCGCAGCCGCCAAAUUAAGCGGAAUCACGGAGGAGCUAGGUCUGACUUCGGUUCAGUUCCAGACUUGCGUGAGCGUUCUAUUUGUCGGAUAUAUCCUAAUGCAAGUGCCGUCGAAUUUGUUUCUGAAUAAAAUUGGAAAGCCCGCGCUUUAUCUUCCCACAUGUAUGAUAAUAUGGGGCAUUCUAUGUGGCGCCAGUGGUGCAACACAGGGCUAUGGUGGCCUUGUAGCAUGCAGAUUUAUCUUAGGCUUCGUGGAAGCAGCAUAUUUUCCAGGAUGCAUGGCGACGCUGAGCGCUUGGUAUACCCGAAAGGAACUAUCUUUGCGCACUGCCAUUCUUUACUGCGGGGCUCUUCUUUCAGGGGCAUUUUCCGGGCUUAUCGCUGCUGGUAUCAACGACGGAAUGAAUGGUGUGAGAGGCCUCUUGGCAUGGAGGUGGCUAUUCAUAAUCGAGGGCUCAAUCACGGUUUUCAUUGCUUUUGCCGCAUAUUUCGUUCUACCGAAUUUCCCACACAAUUCAACAUGUAUAACUGAGCAACAACGAGAGCUCGCCAUCUGGCGACUGGCAAAGGAUAUCAGAGAAGACGAAUGGGAAUGCGAAGAAAAACCAACCUUGAUGGGAGGGUUUAAAGAGUGUAUAACCGACUCGAAAACCUGGUUUCUCGUGGUUCUGAAUCUUGGUGCAGUCUCCAGUGGUACAAUAAACAGCUUCUUUCCCACCGUGGUAGAAGGCCUCGGAGAAAGUCGAAUUCACACACUUCUACUCACAGUUCCUCCUUAUAUCUUGUCCUGCAUUGUCGCCAUGGCUGUUUCUCGGAAUGCCGACCGGACAGGCGAACGCUACUUCCAUUUCACUCUACCACUUUGGGUCUCCAUUGCUGGCUUCAUUAUCUCUGCAGCCACGACUAAAUUCGGUCCAAGAUACUUUGCCAUGAUGAUUAUGCUUCCUGGUGUUUAUACUGCUUUCAUUAUUGGUAUUGCCUGGGUAGCAAACACGCUUCCUCGGCCAUCUUCAAAGCGAGCAGCUGCGCUUGCACUUACAAACGCGAUAGCAAAUUGUUCAUCGAUUUAUAGCCCCUAUCUGUACCCUGAUAGUGGCGCACCCCGGUUUGUUCUUGCCAUGAGUGUGAAUGCCGGCACCUCCUUAUUGGCGAUAGUUACUGCUACCGUUUUCCGGUUCAUCCUACGAAGACUAAAUCGGAAACUUGGUAGAGCGGAGCUCGAUGGUGGAAAUGAUGGAGGUUUUAGAUAUCUCCUUUAA